AUGGUCGCACCUGAGGACACCAGCGUCGAAGUGACCAAGGGCAACAGCAAGGUGCAGCCUCUAAGAAUAACAAGAAUGAAAUCCACAGGCUUGCCCUCAGCUGCCUCCGCUAUUCAGACACACAUUGCAGGUGAUAUUCUGGACAACAAGACUCGGGUCAAAGGGGACGAAGUUAGUCUUAGUGACAGGAUGAAGAAUGGGCAUGGCUGUGGCCAACCCGAUUUUGCACAGAAGUGGUAUGCAAGAGAACGACAGCGCAUUUUGCUCCAGAACCCUCACCUGGCUCGAACCAACUUCUCAGUUGCCCUUGAGAUACGGGGGCCAUUCCAAGAACAGGCGCUCCAAGUAGCUCUGGAUUUAAUGGUGAAACGCCACGAAAUAUUGAAAACAACGUUCUCCCUCAGGGAUGACAACAAAACUGCAAUUGUUCAUUCCUCCAAAGUCAAAAACUUGAAGGUUGUAGACUUUUUGCAUGACGAUGAAGCGAGCCUUGUGCGAGUGCUGGAGCAAAAUGAAGCCGAAAGUUUUGACCUGGAGAACGAAACGCCGUGGCGUGUCUCUUUAUAUCGGCUCAAUGAAGAGCGCCAUAUUCUUUUUAUUGUUAUGCACUGCAUUGUCGCAGAUUACCGAUCACCCAGGAUCCUUGUUCGAGAACUGUCCUCUCUGUAUUCUGUCUCAGGCCAGAAACAAUACGCCGUGCAGGUAGAAUCUGUCUCACUUCAGCCCCGGCGCCACCCCAACUUGGAAUUGACGGAUCGUGAGCUUCAAGAUUGUCAAGACCGAUUAUACUCCUUGGUCAACGAGCUGCAAGGUGUCCGCCCGCUGGAAUUACCGCCUGACAGACCUCGACCGGCCGUCCUGUCUGGGAGAUUUGGAAAGCAAAGUGUUCAACUCGAUCCUACCCUUUAUUGCGAAUUGCAGAAUUUCUGCGCCAAGACGAACGCAGACUUGUCUGCAACCCUCCUUGCGGCAUUCAUAGCGGCUCAUUACCGUCUUACCGGGGCUGAUGACACUCUUUUGGGUGUACUUGUCGAGAUUGAUCGCCCUAAAGAGUUCUCAAACACCAUCGGGUUUGUCGAAAAUCUACAGCUUUUGAGAAGUGCCGUAGAGGACAAAUCGUUUGUGGAGUUGGUUGGACAUGUGCACAACUCUUUCUUCGUCUCGAAUAGUAGCCAAGAUAUUCCAUUUGAGUUAAUUGCAGCUGAGCUACAAAAGACUACACAGGUCUUCGCUCCAUCUCACCAUCCUCUUGUGCAGACUGCUCUUUUUCUGCAUUCGGAGACGGACCCGAACGACUAUUCAUUUGAGGGUACAUCGACACAUGUAAUAGACUACCCAGUCAGUUCUAGAUUUGAUGUCGAGCUGCAUUUCCAUCAAGGAGAAGAAGCGCGCUGCGAGCUUCUUUUCUCCACUGACCUUUUCGUCCCGGAGACAAUUUGCAAUUUGUUAUCCAUUUUUCAGACAACUCUAGAGCAAGCUGUGAAGAAUCCCAACUUGGCAAUUGCUUCAUUGCCAUUACUGACAGACAAAGAAUUCAACAGGCUCAUGGACUUAGAUCUGAUCCGGGUGAAUGAGUCCGAGUACCCAAGAGAGUGCAGCAUAGUUGAUAUUUUCCGGCAACAGGUGGCCAAUUGCGCAGAUGCGGUGGCGGUGAAGGACUCAACUACCGAAUUGACGUACAGUCAAUUGGAUCACCAGUCAGAUGUUUUGUCUUGGUGGCUGUCAUGUAAAGGUUUUGCUCCUGAAACAAUUAUCACGGUAUUAGCAAUACGAUCCUGCGAAACAAUCGUUGCUCUUCUAGGCAUUCUCAAGGCCAAUAUGGCAUAUCUGCCGCUGGAUGCCAAUCAACCAGAUGACCGAAUUGAGAAAAUCCUGUUAUCUAUGGAAAGUCCCCGGUUGGUACUUUGCAGCCAGAGUAUUCGAAGACCGACGUUGAAGCAGAUUGAUGCUGAGUUCGUUUGUAUCACAGAUGUAUUCCGUCACUCAGCGACCAAGGUUGUGCAACUGGUGUCCCCGUCAGCAACAAGCCUUGCAUAUGUGAUGUUUACAUCUGGCUCAACUGGAAAGCCUAAGGGGGUUAUGAUCGAGCAUCGUGCUAUCGUUCGGCUCGUGAAGAACAGCAACGGAGUGGAGUAUAUGGCCGUUCACAGUAACACGGCCCAUAUGGCAAAUAUUGCUUUCGACGCAUCUACCUGGGAAAUAUAUGCCGCUUUGUUGAAUGGUGGUACCAUAAUUUGUAUUGAUGCCCUGACAGUCCUCCACCAUCGCACAGUAGAGGAUACUUUUGUUCGCCAAAAGAUUCACAACGCCAUCUUCACUACCGCCCUGUUCAAGGAGUAUCUCGUCGGCUGCCCUGGGCUUUUCAGAGACCUGCGUGCUGUAUAUGUUGGGGCAGAAAAGGUCAAUCCAAAAGAUUUCAAUGCAGCGCAAAAGUUAAUACAUGGCAACCUGUAUCAUGUAUACGGUCCAACUGAAAACACAAGCUUCAGCACAAUAUACUUGUCAUCAAAAACGGAAACCUACACUAACACGGUGCCCCUUGGGGCGCCGGUGAGUAAUUCUGGGGCUUAUGUCAUGGAUUCGCAACUUCGCCUUCUGCCACUAGGUGUAAUCGGCGAGCUGGUUGUGACGGGUGAUGGUCUUGCAAGGGGGUACACCGACUCUCACCUGGACCAGGGGCGGUUUGUUUCCAUCGACAUUAACGGGAAGUCGAUUCGUGCAUACAGGACUGGAGACUUUGUGCGCCGCAGGCCAGCUGAUGGACAACUUGAAUUCAUCGGUCGAAUAGACGGACAGCUGAAGAUUCGAGGUCAUCGACUUGAGUUGGAGGAAGUCGAACAAGUUCUUCGCAGCUGGGGACCAGUAAAGGAUGCCGUUGUACUGGUCUCGAAAGUAAAAGAGGACAAACAAAGCGAUUUAAUCGGUUUCGUGACGCUGGGAGAGACAAAUUCGCCAUCUGGUGACGAUGAGCAGGAUCCGACGUUUGAAGACGACCAGGUUGGAGGGUGGGGAGAUUUGUUCAACGCAGACAAAUAUCUCAUUUUGGACGACACUGAGAAAUCCAAGCUCGGCAGAGACUUUACAGCAUGGACCUCCAUGUACGACGGGCAAAACAUCGAUCCAGUAGAAAUGAAUGAGUGGCUGGAUGACACAAUUGCCACAAUCCGAGACGGAGGUCAGCCUGGGGACGUCCUUGAAAUUGGGUCUGGAUCAGGCAUGAUUCUCUUCAAUAUGGCGGAAGGACUGACAAGUUACAUUGGCCUUGAUCCUGCCCAGCGAGCUGUCGACUUUGUCAACGCAAUGAUCCCGACAAUUCCUGGCCUGGUUGACAAAGUUCGUGUUGAGUUGGGUACCGCCACGGAUACUAGGAAACUGCGCGAAUUCAAGUUUCCCAACCUGGUCAUCAUCAACUCUGUUGCUCAAUACUUUCCCAGCCUUGACUAUCUGUCGAGCGUAGUGGAAGACCUUCUCAAUCUUGAUGGCACUGAGCGUCUCUUCUUCGGCGAUAUCAGAUCUUUUGCUCUGUACAGAGAGUUCCAAGUUUCGACCGCCCUGCAUCGAAUGGGGAAUUCCGCCAGCGCUUCCGAAGUGCUGGGGCAGAUGGCUCAAGUCGAAAGAUCCGAGGAGGAGCUGCUUAUUGACCCGUCCUUUUUUACUGCGUUGGCAGAUCGAUAUCCUGAUUCAGUUGAACAUGUCGAAAUUAUACCAAAGAGAAUGAAGGCAACCAAUGAACUAAGCUGCUACCGGUACUCUGCUGUUGUGCACUUAAAGCAGCAGGGCAGGCAGGUGCAGAUCAGGGAUGUGCCUGAGGCAGACUGGAUUGAUUUCAUGGCUCAGGAGUUGGACUACCAAUUGCUUCUCAAGAUUUUGCAAUCUCACUCCCGUGAUUCCUCCGCCAUUAUUGCCGUCAGCAACAUUCCGCACAGUAAAACUAUCUUGGAAAGAUGGGCCGUGGACGUUCUUGAUGGCGGCAAUGCCAGUGAGCUUCAAGACAACUGGUAUUCGUUGGCAAGCGAGAAAGCAAAAUCUUGCCCAUCUCUUUCCGCAAUUGAUCUAGUCGAGCUCUCCAAGAUUUCAGGCUUCCGCGUCGAGAUUAGCUGGGCGAGGCAACGUUCCCAGCGCGGUGGUCUGGAUGCUAUUUUCCACCGUUUCCACCCCGUUGGAUGCCACAGCCGAUUACAACUUCGUUUCCCCUCUGAAAACCACCGUCACGUACUCGAAUCACUGGGAACUCAACCAUUAUGGCUGCGGCAAAGCAGGAAGGUUGAGCAUGAUCUUCGCAAGUACAUCAGGAGUCAGCUGCCGUCGUACAUGGUACCCAAGAUAAUCCGAGCAAUCAAGAAGAUUCCGGUCAACAAUAACGGAAAGAUAGAUCGGCAAGCCUUGGGUAAACGGAUCAAGACCGCUGAAUUGAGCAAGUCGGACAACAUCGAAGCGCCUCCAAGAAACGAAUUAGACCGCGCAAUAUGCGAGGAGUUCUUGAGGGUUCUGGGUGUCUCUGUGGGCAUCCAUGACGACUUUUUUGAGCAUGGAGGUCACUCACUCAAUGCUACAAGGGCAACUUCCGGAAUAAACACUCGAUUGAGCGCCAACAUUACUGUGAAGGACAUAUUCGAUUGUCCCACUGUGGCAGCCCUGUCGGAAAGAAUAAAAACGUCCACAGACUCGCGCCGUUAUGUUCCUAUUCCUCGGAAUGACGCAAACGGGCCAAUUGAGCAGUCAUACGCCCAGAGGCGUCUAUGGUUCCUAGAGCAACUAUAUCCAGGGUCGACCUGGUAUCUGAUGCCGUUUGCUGUGCGACUUCGAGGAUCACUCAACUGUGAUGCCCUUGUUGCUGCGUUGUGCGCUCUAGAGAAGCGUCACGAGUCCCUGAGAACAACGUUUGAACAGCAAAAUGGAGUGGGAUUACAAAUUGUGCACCCUUUCCAGCCAAAGACGCUUGACAUAAUUGAUGUACCAGCCGAAAACGGGGAGGAGGCCAUACGGAAAGCACUUCACCAAGAACACACCAAACCAUUUGAUCUAGAAAAUGAGGCAGGAUGGCGAGUAAAGCUCUACCGGAGGAACGGAAAAGAUUUUGUGCUGUCUAUCGUCAUGCAUCACAUCAUUUCCGACGGCUGGUCCGUCGAUAUUCUCCAAAGAGAGCUGGCCGAGUUUUACUCUACUGCAUGUCAGGCGGAGAAUUUGUUAUCAGAGGUGAAGCAAUUAUCUAUUCGAUAUCAAGAUUACGCAACAUGGCAAAAGGGACAGGGUCAGAUUGAAGAGCACCAACGACAGCUCGCAUACUGGGUCAAGCAUCUAGAUGGAAGCAGACCAGCAGAACUGUUCUGCGAUAGAAGACGGCCAGCUUCAUUAUCCGGCAAAGCGGCCACACAAGAAUUCAAAAUUCCGUCCUCCCUACACGAUAAACUAGUUAAGUUUUGCAAUGCGCGCCGUCACAUUACGCCUUUUAUCGUCCUCCUCGCUGCGUUCAGGGCAACACACUACCGCCUUACCGGCUCAGCGGAUGCGACUAUUGGCAUCCCUAUUGCUAAUCGAAACCGCGAGGAGCUCGAAGACAUCAUCGGCUUUUUCGUCAACAUACAAUGUAUGCGGAUUAGGAUUGAGAAUGAAUCGUUCGAAGAGUUGGUGCAGAGUGUUCAGUCUACAGCAACAUCUGCGUUUGCAAACCAGGACGUACCAUUCGAGUCGAUUGUUUCACGCUUGCAGACCCAUAGAGAUGCUUCUCGUAACCCAUUGGUUCAGAUGGUAUUUGCCCUGCAUUCUCAGCUAGACUUGGGUCAAUUCAGAUUAACGGGUCUUGAAAGCGAGCAGAUGAGCUUGUCCGUUACGUCAAGGUUUGACCUGGAAUGCCAUAUUUUCCAAGAGAAACAGAGUCUAAGAGGAAAUAUUGUCUAUUCUACAGAUCUGUAUGAACCACCGACAAUUGAGAACCUAACUCGUACCUUCUAUGAUUUGCUAGAACGAGGUUUGUGUGAGCCUGAGAUAAAGCUUGUUGAUCUACCUCUUUUGACACCAGAGUCUCAAACCAAGCUCGAGCAACUGGGAGUGCUUGAGAUGAAUCGCUGUAGCCAUACUCGAAAUUCCACCGUGGUCGAUGUUUUCCGCCAGCAGGUUGCUGCCCAUCCAGACAAAAUCGCAGUCAAAGACUCGACUAAAGCUCUCACGUACAGUGACUUGGACAAACAAUCGGAUAGGCUCCGUGACUGGCUGACUCAGAAGGAAAUGGCCGUGGAGUCAUUGGUCGGGGUGUACGCAACGAGAUCCUGCCGGACAAUUGUGACAUUCCUUGGUAUCUUGAAAGCACACUUGGGAUACUUGCCACUGGAUAUCAAGCUGCCACCAGCGAGAAUCGAGAAUAUUCUCUCAGCUUUAGAAGGCGAAUUGCUAAUACUUGCCGGAGACGACUUGGUCCUACCAACAAUUCAACGACAAGACGUUCACUUCGUUCGAGUUUCCGAUAUACUAGACGAUGAAUUGCUGGACAAGGACAUGUUCUCAAGAUGUUCUAUUCCCACGACCUCUAGUGUCGCAUACGUCAUGUUUACCUCAGGUUCGACAGGCAAGCCAAAGGGGGUCGUUGUCGAGCAUCGGGGUAUCGUGCGGCUGGCAACGCAGCAAACAGACGUAAUGAAACACUUGGACCCUAAGAAAAACAUGGCACAUGUAUCAAACAUAGCGUUUGACGCUUCAACUUGGGAGAUAUAUACCGCAUUACUGAACGGGGGCACCUUGAUUUGCGUUGACGACCUCGCUUCAUUGGAUGCGAACGCCUUGACAGAUAUUUUCAUCAAGGAGCACGUCCAGAACGCCCUUUUUACGCCACUUCUCCUAAAGGAAUUUGUUCAGCACCCACGGCUUCUGCAAGAAAUGCAUACGGUGUGUACGGGAGGAGAGCUUUGUGAUCCUGCCGUGUUCAAUGCGGCGCUUGCGCUUGUAAGCGGCACCGUAAUCCAUUGCUAUGGGCCAACAGAAGAUACAUGUAUUAGCUCCGUCUACUGCCCAGAAGGAGAGGUAAUAACCGAUAGAGUGCCAAUUGGCCGAUCAAUUAGCAACUCGUGGGCUUAUAUCAUGGACUCAAACUUACAAGUGGUUCCUAUUGGCGUCGUCGGCGAACUGGUCAUAGCAGGCGACGGACUUGCGAGAGGGUAUACGAACCCUCAGCUCAACACAAACCGGUUUGUUUCUGUCACAGUCUGUGGAAGGCAGAUAAGGGCGUACCGAACUGGGGACUACGCCCGCUACCGGCCUGUAGAUGGGCAACUUGACUUUUUAGGCCGAAUAGAUGUACAGGUCAAGAUCCGAGGCCAUAGGGUUGAAGUAGCCGAGAUUGAGCAAGCUUUGCAAAAUCACAGCCGUGUUGGUGGUGCUGUAGUUGUAUCACAGCAUGAAAAAGACGGAAGUAGCCGGCUGUCUGCCUUUGUUGCCACCAAGGAAAUCGAGGUUCGAAUCGAUACUCGCCCUCUGAUCGACCAUGAGGCCGAGGUUUCGCAACUACAAAUAUCGCAGUUACACGAUGAGCUCUUUGCCAUGUUACGAGCUAGCCUGCCUUCGUACAUGAUCCCAACCUCUAUACAGAUACUUAAUAAGCUACCAAUCAACGAAAACGGCAAAAUCGACCGUCGGGUUCUCGCAAAUACCGUGGUCAACCCUGUUGUUUCAGACUCAUCUAAACGGCAGCCAACGUUAGCAAUCGAGCGAAAGAUGCAGAAUAUUUGGUCUAAUGUGCUCAAAAUGGAUCCAAAGCUAAUUGGAGUAGAUGACAACUUCUUCUGGAUUGGAGGAGAUUCGAUUUCGGCGAUGAAAGUUGUCGCGGCCGCUCGGGAAGAUGGUCUUUCCAUCUCUGUGGGAGACAUCUUCUCCGAUUCAAGACUCUCUCAGGUGUCACAAAAGGCGGUUCCUCUACUAGGAAGCUCGUCAGAAUACAUCGCACCAUUCACUCUUGUAUGUGGUUCUCAAGAUAUUCCAUCACUCGUCGAGGGCAUCUCGUCGCAGUGCCAUGGAGGCGCCCACGUUCAAGACGCUUUCCCCUGUACACCCCUUCAGGAGGGUUUCAUGUCACUAUCGUCGAAGCAACAGGGAGGCUACGUGAUGCAGGCGGUCAUGAAGCUAUCUCCUAGUGUUUUAAUCUCAGCUUUUUGUGGCGCGUGGGAAAAGGUGUUCCGAGUCUAUCCAAUAUUACGUACAAGGAUUGCCAGUCACAACCAAUUCGGGUUACUACAAGUUGUUCUAGACGAGGAUAUCGAAUGGAUCGAUGCCAAUAAGCCAGACGAGUACAUUCAAUCUGACAGAGCAAAGCCAAUGGGCAUCGGGGAGCCACUAAGCCGGUUUGCACUUGUCAAAGACGAUGUGGGCUUGCAAAGAUGGUUUGUACUGACCAUGCAUCACGCGCUUUAUGAUGGCUGGUCAAUGUCUCUUAUUCUUGAUGCGGUCGACCGGGCAUAUCGCGAACAGCCCCUCAACACACCACCACAAUUCCAACUCUUCAUCCAGCAUGUGCUGAGCCAGCAGAGUACCGAGGGCGAGGACUACUGGCGAAAGGUUAUGGAAGGCUACAGGUCUGUUCCGUUUCCAACGCUACCAUUAUCUGUGAAACAACAGCCGCUUGCGGACCAAGCACUCACGUACCAGUUUGCGAGACUCGGAGACCAAAACACAGACAUUACGAUUGCAACCAUACUCCGAGGUGCCUGGGCGCUAGUCGCCGGCCAUAUGACAAACUGCAGUGACGUUGUCUUUGGAGCUACUGUAUUUGGUAGAAAUGCACCCAUCCCUGAUAUAGACAGGAUGCCAGCACCGACCAUAGCAACUGUUCCAGUUCGUGUCAAAUUUGCGGGUAGCCAAAAGGUUUCCGAAUAUCUCAAGUCGGUUCAACAAGACUCUUCGAAAAUGAUUUCAUUUGAGCAAAUGGGCUUGCAUCGAAUUGCCAAAAUAUCUACGGAAACCCGGCAGGCUUGUUCGUUCCAGACUCUGCUAGUGAUUCAACCCCAGUCACAUACUUCUGAACCAAACUCACUAGGAACUUGGGAAAAUGAGGAUCAAGAUCGAUUCUUCAAUUCUCAUUCACUUGUUCUUGACAUGGAAAUCAAAGCGGAAACAAUCUCGAUCAUCGUAAAUUUUGAUUCAAGCGUCAUUGAGCGGUGGGUGGUUCAUGCAUUGCUCGUCCGGCUGGAGCAUGUUGUACAACAGCUUCAGUCCUCGCCGGAGACGACAUUGGAUGACAUCCAGGUUACCUCGCCGAGGGACUUGACUCAACUUUGGCAAUGGAACGCCGCCGUUCCCAAAACGAUCAAGAGGUGUAUUCAUAACAUGAUUGAGGAAAACGUCAAAGAUCGCCCUCAUGCUCAAGCAGUCUGCGCAUGGGACGGUGAGCUCACCUACGCAGAGUUGGACAAACUUUCAACAAUUCUUUCUCAGCGCCUGUCAAGCCUACGGGUAGGUCCGGAAGUAACAGUCCCAUUGUGUUUUGAAAAGUCUCGUUGGACUGUCGUGGGCAUGAUGGCGGUUCUCAAAGCUGGAGGCGCCUUUGUGCUCCUCGAGCCAUCGCAACCAAUAUCCCGACUACGCUCAAUUAUGGAUCAGAUAAGGUCACCUUUGGUAGUUUCUUCCGUCAUUCAGGCUCCAUUGUGUGCCAAUCUUGCCGAGUUAAUUUUGCCCAUUGGACCAAGUUAUUUUCUCAACAUACCAGAGGCACGUCCCUUCCACCCUGCGGUUACACCACUGCCUUCGUCGGCAAUGUACAUAGUCUUCACAUCUGGAAGUACGGGUAGUCCAAAAGGCGUCAUAAUUACACACGAAGCCUUUUGCUCAGCGGUCACCCACCAGUCAGGCCUCUUCGGAUACUCCAAAACGACGCGAGCCUUUGACUUUUCGUCCUACAUGUUUGACGUGUGUCUGCUAAACACCUUUACAACCCUGGCUGUAGGCGGGUUCUCUAUGAAGGCUGACUUUGUCGACCUGACACCUUCUGUUGCUCGCACACUGCAUAGAGAGAGACUGGGAAACCUAAAGACUGUGGUUCUGGGGGGUGAGGUCGUGAGAUCAGAUGAUGUAGCCGGCUGGCCUACAGAUGUACGUGUUAUCACAAGCUAUGGCCCUGCAGAGUGCACUCCAUCGACAACCAUCAACCUGCACAGUUUGGAACAGGGCGGCAAGAUAAGCAUUGGAUUUGGUGCUGGAGCAGUGACAUGGGUCACGAAUGUGGCCGACCACAAUAAGCUGGCCCCUCUAGGAACGGUUGGGGAGCUGUUGUUGGAAGGUCCAAUUGUAGGAGAUGGGUAUCUGAAUAACCCGGAUCGCACACAGGCAGCAUUCAUCAAGGACCCCGAAUGGCUUCUUAAUGGUUGGGAAGGAAAUCCUGGUAGACGCGGCCGUCUGUAUAAGACGGGUGACUUGGUACGAUACAACGAAGACGGCAGUCUUGUGUUUGUUGGACGAAAGGACACACAAGUUAAGAUUCGAGGCCAACGAGUUGAGCUGGGCGACGUGGAACAUCACAUCCAGCAAUGUAUGCCAGAUAUGAGCCAGGUUGUGGUAGAAGCAAUCUCGGUCGAAGCUGGUUCCACUCCAAAUCUGAUUGCCUUCAUUGCGAUGGACGCAAGGGACAAUACAAUGGUCAAUGGCGAUGGAGGACAUUCUGCCAUCCGGAGUAUUGACAUUGGCAACGACACUCGUUCUAAACUGACCGAAAAACUACCCUCGUACAUGAUUCCCGUUGCAUUUCUAAAUUUGUCAAGCAUGCCUUCGACGGCAAGUGGGAAGGCAAAUAGGCGAAGAUUGCAAGAAAUUGGAAGGUCUUUCCUCGCGGGAGAGAUUGAGGCGUUGAAGGCCGAUUCCUUGGAAUGCGGAGAUAAAGCCAAUGGUGCAGAGAUUGGAGAAAAUGAGGAACUGGCAUACAAGCUGGCAAAGAAGAUUUUCUCUCUGAUUCCCGCCUGGAAUCAGAAUGGCCACCCCCGGACAGCCCGAAAGCCUCAGAGUUCGGCCAGUGCCUAUGAUGAUGUAAUGCUGCACUCUGCCGGCCUUGAUUCCGUGAACAUGAUGUCAAUAAUGGCCUUUAUCAUGUACGAAUUUGAGGUUCGAAUUCGCAUGCAAGACUUGAUGGAUCCGUCUACGACAAUCAGGAGGCUGGCUCAGUUGGUCUCUGAAGCGCAAGUAAUUACCCAGAACGGGCAUCUUGAGGAAUCGAGCACCGAUAGCACAGAAUCACUUGAUCUCAUUGCUGAAGUUGACAGACACGAUGCCAGAAUUGCCGCCUCGCAGGCACUCACCAAGUCGCACGUCAGCGGGAUAAAUGGUCUACACGUCGUCGAAGCAACUCGUCCAUUACGUGUCUUCCUCACCGGUUCAAACGGCUUUAUUGGCUUAGAGAUUUUGCGUCAGCUCCUCGAACAUCGUCAGAUAGGCCAGGUCACAGCUCUAGUUCGUGGGAAAAGCUCAGAGACAGCAAAGAACCGACUUGUUUCGGCGGCAAAGAAAGCAUUAUGGUGGACGAGUCUACACGAUGCCAAGCUCCAAGUUUGGUCGGGAGACUUGUCGUUGCCAAAACUUGGUCUCGGCUCUCUACGAUGGAAUAGUCUUAAAAACGGGUCGGCGGCUGAUGUUAUCAUUCACAACGGAGCUGAUGUACACUUUUCGAAACCCUACACAAUGCUAGAGGCUACUAACGUGCUGUCGACGUUGGAACUCCUUGAUAUGGCAGUGACUUCACAAAAUAUGCGAUUCGUCUACGUUGGGGGUGGGCUACAUACAUCCCAAAGUAAAACAGAAGACGAGGUGCUGCGAGAUCUUUCUGGGACUGACAGCAACGGUUACGCACAAACAAAGUUUGUCGCUGAAGCAUUGGUGAAGAGGGCAGCAGCGCGGAGCCUUCCUGGGACAAACCACCUCAGUAUCGUGCGCCUUGGCCUGGUCAUUGGAACGUCAACCGAGGGAUUCACAAACUCCAAUGACUACAUCUGGCGACUGACAGCGUCUUGCAUAAGGGUUGGAGCAUAUAAUGCUGCCGAGUCGGACAUAUGGGUCCCAGUGUCUGAUGUAGCAGCGACGGCCAUGAGAAUCAUCAGCACGGCACUGGACACGACGAGUGAAAUGGAUCCAGUGAUUCAGCUCCAUGAUGGCAUGAAGUUUGGCGAGUUUUGGGCUAUCUUGAAGGCGAUGGGCUACACGCUUGUUCCCAAGAGUCUGAAGGAAUGGCUGGCUAUGAUUCGAAAGGAUAUCAAGGCUUGUGGGGAGACUCAUCCUCUCUGGCCGCUGGCACAUGCUCUAGAAAGCAAUGUCACAUGGGUUCCGGAAGACGAUUCUGAUGUGGAAGUCAAGUGUCGGGAUACGCCUUUUAAGUUAAAGGUUGCAGUGUGGAGGAGCGUGGAAUACUUGAAGAAGGAUGGCUUUCUACGGGCUUCGAGCCUAAGAAUGCUAAAUAACAUUUGA